AUGGCUUUCCACAGCUUUGGCUUGUUUGAAGUAUUGUUGACUAGUGGCACCAGUACCAAUUCCAAGAAUUCCUUGAAGACCUUCCUGCUACAGCUAGAAUGUCAUUUUACAUGGACUUUGCUGAAGCAGGAUGUGGAUCUCGACGAGCUAGAGGAAACAAUAUACGAUCAGAUCGAGUUUUUAAUAAAAUCCAACAUCCAAAAUUAUAAUCUACUAUCCUAUGUAUGCCACCUAAAGAAUUCAAAUGAGGAAGCCUUGAGAAAUCUCCAAAAAGCUGAAGAAGAAAUUAAAAAUAAUUAUCCAGAUGAAAUUGCCAGGAGAAGUCUUGUUACCUGGGGCAACUAUGCCUGGAUCUAUUACCAUAUGGAGAGAUAUGAAGAAGCUGAAACUUAUAUAAGAAAAGUGCAAAACAGCUGCAAAAAGCUUCCAAGUACUGCUGAAUGGAAGAUCCAGCUUCCAGAGAUCUAUGCUGAGCAAGGAUGGGCAUUAAUAAAGUUUGGGAGAAAAUACUAUGAGAGAGCAAAGAGUUGCUUUGAAAGUGCUCUGAACAUUGAACCCAAUAACCCAGAUUUUCAUGCUGGCUAUGCAAUAGCAAUGUACCGUUUAGAAGAUUUUUCUCAAAGACAAUGCGAAGAUGUAAACCCAUCCAUCGAGCCCCUGAAGCGUGCAGUGGAACUGAAUCCAAACGAUACUUUCAUUAUGGCAUUAACUGCAUUAAAACUUCAGGACUUAAAGCAAGUUAAUGAAGGGGAAAAGUACAUUGAAGCAGCAAUGCAGAAAACCCCUGAUCUUCCUUAUUUCCUGCGAUAUGCUGCUAAAUUUUACAGAAGGAAAGGAGAUGUGGACAAGGCACUGGAGAUUUUGAAAAAGGCCCUAGCAGUGACACCAAGAUCUUGCUUUUUGCAUCACCAGCUAGGACUCUGCUACAGAUCAAAGCUGUGGCAAUUGAAAAGGACUACAAGAUACCCACCUCAAGAGCAAGUGGAGGCACUCAUCCAACGUGCCAUUUUUCAUUUUAAAACAGUGAUUGACCAAAAGACAAAAUUUUUUUCUGCCCAUACUGACCUAGCAAACAUGUAUGCAGAAGGAAAGAGGUAUGAAGAGGCAGAAGAGACAUUUCAGAAAGCGUUCCAGAUAAAUAUUCUAUUUUAUGAUGAUAAACAAGAAUUCUAUUACCAUUAUGGCAAUUUUCAGCGUUUUCAUAUGAAAUCAGAAUCUGAAGCCAUAAGGAAUUACCUAGAAGGGGUGAAAAUUGAAGAAGAUUCUUAUGGAAGAAAUAAGUGCAUAAAGGCACUGAAGAAAUUGUUGGAACAGAGAAUUCAGAGAGGUUUAGAAGAUGCAACAGAUUUUGCUACACUUGGACUCGUUCACAGUCUCAAUGGUGAGAAACAUGAAGCAAUUGAGUGCUAUGAGAAAGCCAUUGCAUUGUGUCCUGACAGUGAAGAAUAUCUGACUGCGUUAUGUGAGCUACGACUUUCCAUCUCAAGCUAA